AUGGAUAAAAAUGAAGUAUCAAUUCUUCUUGAAAUUCUUGAUCUUGAAUAUUUAAAACCAAUCAUAAUUGAUCGUUUUCAAACGAUUGAUCAACUCACAUUAGUUAAUCUUAAUGAUAUUGGUAUACAAAAUCAAGAUGAUCUGAAUAAAUUACAAUAUGCUCUUGAUGAUAUUCAACAAAAUAAAAAUUCUAUUGAACAAUAUGAUCCUAUAUUAUCACUAAAUGAAACUAAUCAUAUAAUAACACGUAUUGAAAAUGAAACAAAUCUUAUAUCAUCAAGUCUUAAUUUAUUAUUAAAUCAGAAUAAUACAAAUAUACCCAAUGAUGAUUCAACAUCAGAUAUUGAUUAUAUUUUAUAUAAUUCUGAAAUCGAUCAAAUUGAAAAUGAUAUACAACAAAUACAAAAUAAUGUUGAAGAAUUAAUUGAACACAUUCAAUUACAAUAUCCACAAUUACAACAACCAUUACGUGAACAUAAACAUCAUUCAUAUGAAUUUUAUAAACAAACUUUUGUUAUUUUAACUCUAUCUGUUUUUUGUAUUGGUUUAAUAUACUAUAUUAAAUGCAAAUAA